GUACAUCAAGAUUUAAACAGUUCAUACAUAUUAUGGCUAAAAACCACUAAAGGCAUGGAUCUUGAUUUAGAAAGUGAAGACAAAGUAUGGGUUCCAUUGCUUCCUGUUGAUGAUGAAGAAGAUAAUAAUCCAAAAAUACUUGCAUCUAAAAAAAACAAUGAAAGGGCAACAAAAGCUAUGAAACAUAAAGUAAAUGAGAUUAGUAAUACUGCAUUAGAAAAAAAUGUUCAAAAAGGAGUUCAU